AUGCCCGGAUUUGAAACCACAGCGGCGGCUAUCAGUGUUGCCGAAGUCACUAUCAAAGUGCUGACAGUUGGAUACAGCUUUGUGAGCGAUGUGAGACACUACGGGGUAGAGGCAGCAACCCUCGGCCUCAAGUUCCAGCAACUUUCUCAUAGCUACGAUUCUCUGCAAAAGGUGCUUUUUGAAUCCGGGAAGUUUCCCUUCCUCCACGGAGAAAAGCUCUUCGACGUGUUGCCUGAAUACAGCCAGAAGCUCGUCGUCCAACUUCUCCGCGAGCUUUUGCGACUACUGUACGCCCACUUCGUCUUGGAGCAGAAGUAUGCCGCAUCUUCCCAGACUUCUGGGUCAAAUCCCGAGUUUGUAAAUCACUUUGGCCUAACCGUAGACGAAGAGAGGAUCCUUUUGCAAAGCACCAGCAUCGCUCCGGGAAACGAGCCCGAAGGCCAGAAAACAUUGCGCCUGGCAUAUUUCGUUCCAUUGGUCUGGGCGAUCCAGGGGAAGAGGAAGGCUGCACGGCUGAACAAGGAAUUCGAAGACUGGCUAAUGCGAACAAGAGCUGUUCUGGAAGAUACGUGGUGGCCAUUGCCUGCAUUCAACGUGCUGUCAAACUUGGACGCGGUGCAGUCAGACCCUGAUACUCGCGCCGCCGGUUUGGCCACAUCAACCGCACUUCGAAAGCUAUUGAUAGACCAGGCAAAGCUGCCGGAAGAUCUCAAGACAUCAUGGGAUUCUGUAAAGAACGUCAAAAUCCUUCCAUCUGGUAAAAUGAUCGGCGUCUUCAGCAACAGUUUCAUACUUGUUGAAACUCUCACUUUCUCGUUGGAUAUCGAUGGGAACCUACCAGAUAUCCUAGACGAGAGAUUUUCCAAAAUUGUAAGGCUUUUGAAUAGUCAAAGCGAUCCCGACUUCCGAGUGUUGCGCUGCCUCAAAUACUGCAACCAGAUAUCUGCAAGUUCAGGCCAGCUCCGCCUCAUUUCAUACAUUUCGGAUUCGGAUACAACACCAACAAUAAGAACACUUGCAGAUCUUUAUCGGAGCAUAAGGCCUGAUAAAAGGCCCUCACUGGGGCUUCGUUUCAGCAUGUGCCACCAACUCGCAGAAUCUCUCUUCCUGCUGCAUUCUGUAAACUGGGUCCACCGAGCUCUACGUAGUGAGAAUGUCCUCUUCGUCUUUCCGGACGAGAAUCUGGAUAGGGCAGCCCUACAAGGAGCAAAGAUCCGGAUUUGUGGCUUCGAAGCUUCAAGACCUUCAACUGAUAGCUCGCUAGGGCCCUACGACAAUCAGCUUAAGUGGAAUGUGUACAGACAUCCUAAGAGAUGGGGGACCCCACGCGAGACAUUUACCCGAAUUCAUGACAUUUACUCAGUUGGCGUGAUGAUGCUUGAAAUUGGCCUGUGGGAGAGUGCCGAAGAGAUGAUAUCCGGUCUGCGGCCUCACGGGAGAAUUCCAGAGAAUGUCACGCAGUUCCUCCUGAGGCACACGAAUGAAAGACUAAUACAUCGAUGCGGUGAUGUAUUUGCGGGUGCGGUUCGCAAGUGUCUGACGUUGAAUUUUGAGGACGGGGAUUGGAUGGAGCAGAAGGUGACUCCUCAAGAGUCAGACAGUCAGCAAGAAGUCCACGGCGCAUUUCUCGAGCACGUCGUCGAGCCUUUAAAGCUGCUAAAGGAAGUGGUGUAA